AUGACCACCAAAGUCCGGGACUCAUUUGAGAAGAGAGUGAAAAGGGGAGAGAAGUACCCGCUGCUUUGGGCGCUCCAUGAGACUUAUUUUUGGGAAUUCUGGUUGGGCGGCGUUUGCCAGCUGGGCGCCUCGAUCUUGCAAGUCACGUCUCCUUUUACCCUCCGGUACCUCAUUCAGUUCGCCCAAGACGCAUACGAUGCGUCGCUGAGCGGGCAACCCCCGCCGCACAUCGAUAGAGGAAUCGGACUUGUCAUCGGUGUCACCAUCAUGCAGAUACUGCAGAGUCUCGGGAUCAAUCACUUUAUCUACCGAGGUAUGAUGAUUGGUGGCCAGGCGCGAGCGACCUUGAUCAGCUUGAUUUAUGAAAAGUCCAUGGUAAUAUCGGGACGCGCAAGGGCUGGCGGAGAGAAACCCACAGAGAACCCAGCUGAAAAACCUUUGGGUGAGAAUGAGUCCAAGAACAAAAAAAAGAACAAGAAGGAUGCCAACGAUGGACCCGAAAACGACGGCACCGGAUGGAGCAAUGGAAAAAUUGUCAACCUUAUGAGCGUCGAUACCUACCGUAUCGAUCAAGCGUCGGCCCUGUUCCAUUUGACCUGGACUGCCCCCGUCGCCUGUCUACUAACCCUCGUCGUUCUCAUCAUCAAUUUGACGUACAGCGCAGUAGCCGGUUUCGCUCUGCUCGUCAUCGGGGUGCCUGCUCUAACGAGAGCCAUCCGAAGCCUGUUCAAACGUCGAAAGGGCAUCAACAAGCUGACGGAUCAACGCGUUGGACUUACGCAGGAGAUUCUUCAGUCCGUGAGGUUUGUCAAGUACUUUGGGUGGGAAAGCGCCUUCUUGGAACGGCUGAAUCAAAUUCGAAAGGACGAGAUCAGUGCGAUUCAGGUGCUUCUCGCUAUUCGAAAUGCCAUCAAUGCUGUGAGCAUCUCGCUGCCCAUCUAUGCUUCGAUGUUGUCGUUCAUCACAUACUCUCUUUCGCAUCACAAUCUAGCACCGGCGCAGGUCUUCUCCUCUCUGGCAUUGUUCAACGCUCUGCGUAUGCCGCUCAACCUUCUGCCUCUGGUCAUCGGACAAGUGGUCGAUGCGUGGUCGUCGCUCAAGCGUAUUCAAGAGUUCAUGCUCUCUGAGGAGCAAGAGGACGAGGCCGUCUGGAAACCCGAGAAUGUCAACGCCGUUGAGAUGAGCGAUGCCGACUUCACAUGGGAGCGAACAUCGACACAGGACCCCGAGACUGCAGCGGCUGCAGGUACAGCCAAGAAAUCCAAGGUGGUCAAGCAAUCGGCUUCCGAAGAUACGGCAAGCACCCUUGUCGAAGAUCGUGAGCCUUUCCAGCUACGGGAUCUCAACUUCACCAUAGGUCGCAAUGAACUCGUUGCCGUCAUUGGCACCGUUGGUAGUGGAAAGACGUCCCUGUUGGCUGCACUGGCCGGAGACAUGCGGAAGACUGCCGGUGAAGUUGUGUUGGGUGCGUCGAGGGCUUUCUGUCCUCAAUAUGCCUGGAUUCAGAAUGCGACUGUCAGAAAUAACAUCCUCUUUGGCAAGGCAAUGAACGGAUCCCGGUACAAGGAGGUUAUUCGAGCCUGCGCUCUACAGCCAGAUAUGGAUAUGCUGCCUAACGGCGAUGCCACAGAGAUCGGCGAAAGGGGAAUAACCAUUUCAGGUGGUCAGAAACAGAGACUCAACAUAGCCCGUGCUAUUUACUUCGACGCCGAUAUCGUGAUCAUGGAUGACCCGUUGAGUGCUGUCGAUGCGCAUGUUGGGAGGCACAUCUUCGACAAUGCGAUUAUGGGGCUUCUGAAAGACAAGUGUCGGAUCCUCGCAACACACCAGCUUUGGGUUCUUAACCGUUGCGACCGGAUCAUAUGGAUGGACGGCGGCAAGAUCCAGGCCAUCGAUACCUUUGACAACCUCAUGACGCACCACUCUGGCUUCCAGCAGCUGAUGGAGACAACCGCUGUUGAGGAAAAGAAGGAGGACGAGAAAGUUGCCGUCGAGGAACAGACGGCGGACAAGAAAGGCGAGAAGAAGACGAAGCGCAGUCAAGGGCUCAUGCAAGCCGAAGAACGUGCGGUCUCGAGUGUGCCCUGGAGUGUAUACGGCGCCUAUGUCCGGGCUUCGGGGACCAUGCUCAACGCUCCCAUUAUUCUAUUGAUCCUCAUCCUGGCCCAGGGUGCUAACCUGGCGACGUCGCUCUGGCUCUCGUACUGGACGGCUGACAAGUUUGGCUACACGACGGGCGUCUACAUCGGGGUAUACGCGGCUCUCGGCACAACGCAGGCGCUCCUCAUGUUCGGAUUCUCCGUCUUGCUGUCAGUUUUCGGUACAAACGCCAGCAAAACGCUUCUUCGUAAGGCCGUGACGAGGACCCUGCGAGCGCCUAUGAGCUUUUUCGACACCACCCCUCUAGGCCGUAUCACGAAUCGAUUCUCGCGAGACGUCGAUGUAAUGGACAACAAUUUGACUGAUGCUAUGAGGAUGUACUUCUUUACGCUGGCUACCAUCAUUUCCGUUUUCGCUCUUAUCGUCGCCUUCUUCCACUACUUCGCCAUUGCGUUGGUACCGCUGACCGUCAUGUUCUUGCUGGCUGCGUUGUACUACCGGUCCUCGGCGCGUGAAGUGAAGCGUUUCGAAUCCGUGCUGCGUUCUGUUGUGUUUGCUAAAUUUGGAGAGGGUCUGAGUGGUGUUGCGUCUAUCAGGGCAUAUGGGCUGAAAGAGCGCUUUGUCAAGGAUCUUCGUGAUUCCAUUGACGAGAUGAACGCAGCAUACUACCUCACGUUCUCAAACCAGAGGUGGCUAUCCGUGCGGGUCGAUCUCAUCGGAAACGCACUGGUGUUUACCACGGGUAUCCUGGUCGUCACCUCGCGGUUUUCUGUUGCACCAUCGAUCGGGGGCCUCGUGUUGUCUUAUAUCCUGGGAAUCGUCCAGAUGCUGCAGUUCACGGUGCGGCAGCUGGCCGAAGUGGAGAACGGCAUGAAUGCUGUGGAACGCAUCUUGUACUACGGUACACAGCUCGAGGAAGAGGCGCCCGAACACACCAUCGAAGUUUGUCCCUCGUGGCCGGAAAAGGGUGAGAUCGUUUUCGAUAACGUCCAGAUGCGCUACCGUGCCAACCUUCCACUCGUGCUCAAAGGCAUGAGCAUGCACGUGAAAGGUGGCGAGAGGAUCGGCAUCGUGGGCCGUACAGGGGCGGGCAAGUCCUCCAUCAUGUCGACACUGUUCCGGCUUGUAGAGCUCUCGGGUGGUCACAUCACGAUUGACGGCCUUGAUAUUUCCACCAUCGGCUUGCAUGACCUCCGAUCCCGCCUCGCAAUCAUUCCCCAGGAUCCGACUUUGUUCCGCGGCACUGUCCGUAGUAACCUUGACCCUUUCUCCCAGCACACAGAUCUCGCCCUCUUCUCAGCGUUACGACAGGCCGAUUUAGUACCCCACGAUGCCCAAAUCGACGAGAAAGACGCAAAUCGCAUCCACCUCGACACCGUCGUCGAAGAAGAUGGGCUCAACUUCUCCCUCGGGCAAAGACAACUCAUGGCACUAGCCCGCGCACUCGUUCGCGGCAGCCGUAUCAUCGUCUGCGACGAGGCCACAUCCAGCGUUGACAUGGAUACGGACGACAAAAUCCAGAAUACCAUUGCCACGGGGUUCAGGGGUAGGACGCUGCUGUGCAUUGCGCAUCGGUUAAGGACCAUUAUUGGAUAUGAUCGCAUUUGUGUAAUGGACGCUGGCCGCAUCGCGGAGCUUGAUACUCCAUUGAAUCUUUGGAGACGUGGAGGAAUAUUCAGGAGUAUGUGUGACCGCAGUGGUAUCCGGGUUGAGGAUAUGCAUGGGGCGGUGGCGGAGUUGAAUAAAGGGACAACAACAAGUAAUAGUAGUAGUAGUAGCAGUAGUGAUGACGAGCCUGAGAAAUCCGGGAGUAAAGGAGCGGAUGAGAUUUAG